GCAGGCCGGCGGGAGGGACCCGCACAUGCAAGGACAGCCGCAGGGCGAGGAUGCAAGCCUUCCCCAGCUACAGCUUUGGGAAAGGAUACUAGGGCGCUCCCAUAUGGGGGCGCGGGAACUGGGGAAAGAAGGUGCUCCCAGGACGAGGUGGGAGAGGAAGGCAGUGCGGGGUCAAGGGCUUUCCCCCUGCUAACGGACGCUUUCGACGAGUGGGUGCCGGGGAGAACCGUGAGGAAGGACACCAAGGACAGCCUUUGGUCCCCAAGCUCAGAUCGCUUUAGUGGUGCGAAUAGAGGGAGGAGGUGGGUUGCAAACUGGAGGGAGUCCCCGCCGGGUGACCUCGUGGCUGGCUGGGUGCGGGGCACCGCAGAAUCCAAGUCGGAACUCUUGGCACCAUGAACCCAGCCAUCAGCAUCGCUCUCCUGCUCUCAGUCUUGCAGGUGUCCCGAGGGCAGAAGGUGACCAGCCUGACAGCCUGCCUGGUGAACCAGAACCUUCGCCUGGACUGCCGUCAUGAAAAUAACACCAAGGAUAACUCCAUCCAGCAUGAGUUCAGCCUGACCCGAGAGAAGAGGAAGCACGUGCUCUCAGGCACCCUCGGGAUACCCGAGCACACGUACCGCUCCCGCGUCACCCUCUCCAACCAGCCCUAUAUCAAGGUCCUUACCCUAGCCAACUUCACCACCAAGGAUGAGGGCGACUACUUUUGUGAGCUUCGAGUCUCGGGCGCGAAUCCCAUAAGCUCCAAUAAAAGUAUCAGUGUGUAUAGAGACAAGCUGGUCAAGUGUGGCGGCAUAAGCCUGCUGGUUCAGAACACUUCCUGGAUGCUGAUGCUGCUGCUUUCCCUCUCCCUCCUUCAAGCCCUGGACUUCAUUUCUCUGUGACUGGUUGGGCCCAAGGAGAAACAGGAGCCCUCGAGGUCCUUCCGCUGCAGAGGUCUUGCUUCUCCCGGUCAGCUGAUUCCCUCCCCAAGUCCUUCAAAUAUCUCAGAACAUGGGGAGAAACGGAGACCUUGCCCCUCCUAAGGAACCCCAGUGCUGCAUGCCAUCAUCCCCCCACCCUCGCCCCCAUCCCCUACCCCCACCACUUCACCCUCCAUGCAUACCAUUAGCUGUCAUUUUGUACUCUGUAUUUAUUCCAGGGCUGCUUCUGAUUAUUUAGUUUGUUCUUCCCUGGAGACCUGUUAGAACAUAAGGGCGUAUGGUGGGUAGGGGAGGCAGGAUAUCAGUCCCUGGGGCAAGUUCCUCCCUGCCAACCAAGCCAGAUGCCUGAAAGAGAUAUGGAUGAGGGAAGUUGGACUGUUGUCUGUACCUGGUACAGUCAUACUCUGUUGAAAGAAUCAUCCAGUGGGUGGGGUGGGGGCGGAGGGAGGCUCAAGCUAGGAGAGCUCUGCUGAGCCUUUGUGGACCGUCCAAUGAGAAUGAGGGCUUAGAUUCUACCAGGUCAUUCUCAGCCACCACACACAAGCCCCCUGCCAUCACUGAAGAAGCCCCCCUAGGGCUUUUGGGCCAGGGCACACUCAGUAAAGAUGCAGGUUCAGUCAGGGAAUGUUGGGGAAAGGGGUAGGAGGUGGGGGAGGGAUCACCCCCUCCUCUAAAACAUGAGCCUGCUGUCUCCAAAGGCCACUGCCUGUAGUGAAGGUGGCAGAAGAAGACAAGUCCCCUCCCAAGGAGCCAGAACUCUGACUCCAGGAUCUAAGUCCGUGCAGGAAGGGGAUCCUAGAGCCAUCCGGUUGGACCCAGCUUACCAAGGGAGAGCCUUUAUUCUUCUUUCCCUUGCCCCUCUGUGCCAGCCCCUCUUGCUGUCCCUGAUCCCCCAGACAGCGAGAGUCUUGCAACCUGCCUCUUCCAAGACCUCCUAAUCUCAGGGGCAGGUGGUGGAGUGAGAUCCGGUGUGCACACUUUUUGGAAGAUAGCUUUUCCAAGUAUCCUCUUCCCCGCUGGCAGCUCUGCCUGUCCCAUCACCAUGUAUAAUACCACCGCUGCUUACGGCAUCUCACCGAGGAAAGAAAACUGCACAAUAAAACCAAGCCUCUGGAGUGUG